AUGUUUAUUAUGAUCAAAGUUCAAUUCUUCAUCUUCGUUCUAGGGAGCGUGCCUUUCAUAGCACUUGCUGAAGAAGCAAGCUCAGUUCUAGAGGGAGAAGAAAGUACAACAACAGAUUUCAGAAAUGACACAGAACUUGACGAAUUACCAACCCUGUUGCCCACAAGACUCCAGAGUGUCACCAAUCUCUUGCAGUUUGGACAACUGAUGACCACAGAAAGUGCAUUUGCCCAGGCUGAAGACAGUGAUAAUUCUACUGGUUACAAAGUCAACACAGAAAAUGCUGAUGGCAGACUGAGUGGGGAGCCAGAGAAAACUGAAAAAGGUGGUCUGGAAACAAUUGCACUGGUUGGAAUAAUUAUUGGAGUCAUAGUUGCAGUUGGAAUCCUUGCAGGAAUCAUCAUCGCUGUUGUAAGGAAGAUGUCAGGCAGGUACUCGUAA